ACAAUUACAAAUUACCAAACAAUCGAUAACCUACCCUUCAUUUCAUUAUCUCGAGAGUGCAGACUUGAAUGGAAGGUAUCAGUUAUCGCAAACUGAUCUUAACCAAUAGAGCCUCUUAAAUAUUAAUAAAUAAAAACACGUUGAUGACGCCACUAAUUGUGUCAAUAAUUAAAGUUCCCUUCUGUAAAUUAUCAAAACCAUUCACAAUCCCGAUCUAAUCAUCAGAACACCUCUGGCUGUAGCAGCAGCCCGAUCAGUUCAGUGCCUCCACCUCCGCAAUGACCAGUGACAAAACAAUCACCGCCAAGUCGGUGGCGAUGUGCGUCCUCUUCACCGCCUCGCUCACCCUCGGCACCCUCCCGAUCCUCCUCUCCCGAAUCUUCCGCUGGAGCUCCGACGCCCAGCAGAACCCCUACGUGCGGAAGCUGCUCUGUCUGGGCGGCGGCGUCCUCCUCUGCACCACCUUCAUGCACCUCCUGCCCGAGGUGUCCGAGAGGAUCGAGAAAAUCGACAGCAUCCCCACCAAGGACGUCCACUACGCCGAGCUCCUCAUGUGCGCCGGCUUCUUCACCAUGUACUUCGUGGAGGAGUGCGUCCACGCCUGCCUGCACCACCACCACCACAAGGACGAGUCCGUGCUUGCCAGGACCCUCUCGGUGCGGCGGGGGGACAAGGACCCGGAAAAGUCCAAGACCAACAGCGCCAGGACCACGGUCGAAGGCCCCAUCACCGUCUGCGUCGAAGACAAGAAGCACAUGCACGACCACAGCCACGGCCACAGCCACUUCGUCCCAGACACGGAAGACUCGACCAUGGUGACCAUCAGAGGCCUGUUCGUGGUUUUAGCUCUGUCAGUCCACGAGUUAUUUGAAGGUCUGGCAGUGGGUUUGGAGUCCUCGAGUCAGAAUGUUUGGUACAUGUUUGGGGCUGUCAGUGCCCAUAAACUUGUCAUUGCCUUCUGUAUUGGGGUAGAGCUUGUCUCUUCCGGGUUGAGGACCGCAGUGGUCAUACUUUACGUUUUUAUUUUCGCGGUUGUUAGUCCCUUAGGGAUCGGGAUGGGGAUUGUUAUCAGUACGGAAGGGCAAUCAGCCACUGAGUUGCCUUCGGUGUUUUUGCAAGGGAUCGCGUCAGGGACACUGCUGUAUGUUGUCUUUUUCGAAAUAUUGAGCUCCGAGAGGAAAGGUGGGCUUGGACAGUUCCUUUCCGUUAUCGUAGGGUUUCUUAUCAUGCUCACUAUUAAAAUUUUCGAAGACUGAAAUGUACAAGCGACUUAAAUGUUCUAAAAAUCUCUGUAUGUGAUACUAUGUGGAAAGAUAUUUGAUGUGAAUGUUGACACUUUUUAAGAUUAGUUUUAUGUACUUAACAAAUUAUUUUGUAACAUAAAAUAAAUAGAAUUAGGUAUCAUUUUUGAUACCUGCAAACGACUUACUUAAUUUUAAGUAUUAGUAUUACACCCACAUGUGGGUAAACAAAACUUUAUUUGUAUAUAAAUAUUUUUUUAAUAAAAAUUAAUCGGUU